AUGUUCUAUACGAGCUGCAGCUAUCAAGGGGAGAGGACCCCUGACGGGAAGCGUUUUCACGAACAAGGGAUAUACACCUUUGCUAAUGGCGAUACUUAUGUCGGUGCAUUCAAUGAUGGCCGCAUGCAUGGCCACGGGACAUUAUUUUUUACCGCAGAGAGAGGCGGGGGACAAUACCGUGGCGUGUGGGAGAAUGGACGCAAUGUGUCAGGUACAUUUGUCUUUGCAGACGGGCUGGUUUAUGGCAGCGGGGAGGAUACCACCACCACCGACAAUAAUACUGCAGCAGCAGCAGAAGCAGAGAAUACUGCUACAGUAACUCGUUUAGCGGAUACGACCAGUGUCUUGAAUUCUGGAGUGAAGGGCCGUAUGGAUGGACGCCCCAUUUCUUCCAACAGCAACCGCGGAAAAGGCAGUGUGAGGGAAAGUCUCGCGGAGGAGUGGCUGUACUGCCGCGAGGGGGACCGGCGGCUGUGGGCUGAACACCUGCGCGAGGUGAUGCCUGUGCUGCCAAUGCAGGCCGUUCUGGGUGGUGUGCGUGUGCCGCAGUCGUCGCUCUGGGCGGUGGAGCCGGUGGUCGCGCCGAGCGUGGCCGCGGAGGCGAAAAUACCCGCAACAUUUGUGCAGGGCCAACCCCGCUCCCUGGCCGACGUGCCGGCAAACUUCUGGAAGGAUCCACAGCAGCGGGAGAAUGUCAUGUCGUCGAUGCGGCUUCCGACGCCUCCCUUCAAGGGAGCCCAGGGCGGCGCCGGUCGUGAGGAGACAAUGGUGGACAAUGGCGACAGGCCCGCAAUAAAUCUUUCACUUCGCAUCAUCGCUCCGUUGGAGUCUGAGGCCAUGCGACGUGCCAUCGCGGCCGCUGUUGCGGCUUCCGCCCGUGCGGCCACAUCCUUGGAGGCUAGAAAGUCGCCGCAACCAGAGUCCACCCUAUCCCCGGACAGUGCUGGAUGCUUCGUGACGCCUGGAGACACCGAUGUAUCCGAUAAAAAAAGUGCGAACCCCGAAUUGGCGUUGCAGGGCACACCCGUGCAUUUGCCUGUCGAGUUGGAGGGCGGCUCUGCGCCCAGAGACGAUGAGUGCUCAACGGUGGAGCGUCACGCAUUGCAGAACACACCCUUGCAAGACCCAACAUUAGCGCCUUGUCAAACCAACGAGCCUUCCCUUGCGCCGCACCCUUCGCAGGGGCUCUCAGUCCCUGAGACACCGCGUUCCCUGACGGAAUCCCCUGAAGAAGUGACCUGCAGAGGGGCUUCCGAGGCGCGGGUGGACGAAAGUGCCCCGUCACCAGUCCUACAGACCGUCAUGUAUGCAUCCUUGAGCCAAGAGCAACCUGAACCAGAUGCCAAACAGCAUGAUGAAUUCCGACAGGAAGAAGAAGAGCAGGACACUCAGGAGCAAGAGCAUUAUAAGCAGGAUGCUGCCCAAGAGCAUGAGGGUGAGCAGCAGGAGGAUCUGAAGAAUGAAAUCGGGUCCACGGAAGGAGAUAAAAUGCAUCUGAGUGAUGGGAAUGCUUGA